UCAUCCCGACCCGACUCGUUAGAAAUUAAGCAUAAGAUUUUAUUUUCCUUUCCCAGUUCACUUCGUUUUCGCGCCGCCGCAGCAGCACACUCCGAGGUUGCAGGGUUCCAAUGGCGGCCUUCGACCACUUUGGGAACAUGUACGACGUUGCAUUCAAACCCCGCUUGCUUCAAACCCUCAUCAGAGACCACCUCCCGGACGAGAAACGCCCUUUUUCGAACCCUUCAGAACUCUCCAAGGUCGUUUCGUUGAUCAAAACGCACUCUCUUCUCUCCGAGUCUUUCGCAGAUUCCACGCGCCCCAAACUCAUCGCAGCAUGGAAAUCCGCACUCGCUUCCUGGCUCAACCUCAUUUACUCCCUCCUUUCUACCACCAUGCCAGAUAAAUGCUGGGCGGGUAUCUCCCUGUUGGGGGUUACUUGUGAAGAGUGCAGCUCUGAGCGUUUCCUAGAAUCUUACUCUGUGUGGUUCCAAAAGUUGCUGUUUUUUCUACAGUCACCUUCAGAUUCUCAUUUAGUGAGGGUAGCUGCUUGUGCUUCGAUGUCUGAUUUAUUUGCAAGGUUAGGUGGAUAUCCUAAGAUCAAGAAAGAUUCAUCUUCCUGUGCUGUGAAAGUUGUUCAGCCUACUUUGAAGAUCUUGAAUGAUGAGAACUCAGAGGCAAUAUGGGAUGCUGCAGUUCAUUUGUUAUGUACCAUAAUAACUUCAUUCCCAUUUUCUAUUCGUAAUCAUUAUGAUAGUGUUGAAUCUGCUAUUGCUUUAAAACUUUUGUCUGGAGGAUGCAGUCUAGAUAUGUCAAAGAAACUCGCACAUUGCCUCACACUGCUUCCAAAAUCAAAAGGAGAUGAAGAAAGCUGGUCUGUGAUGAUGCAGAAAAUUUUGGUGUUAAUAAAUGAUCAAUUAAAUUUAGCCUUUCAUGGUCUAGAAGAAGAAACCCUGCGUAAUGAGGUUACUAGGCUGUUGGUUUUGCCAGGAAAACAUCCUCCACCACCAUUAGGAGGCUAUAUAUUGGCAGAAGAAGUUCUUAACAAGGCAUCAAAAACAUCUGAGCAAUCACUGAUGUCUAAUGCCUCUAGACUUAUGUUUGGCUGCUGUCUGUUGCUUAAAAAUUCAUAUCCUGUUAAGGUAAAUGUGCCUGUUCGCCUGUUAUUGGGCUUUGUUGAGAGAAUUCUGAUGGUAAAUGGCUCUUUGCCACAAAUGUCAUUGCCAUUCAUGACUGCCAAGCAGCAAGAGAACAUUUGUUCAGAACUUCCAGUUUUGCACUUGAGUAGCUUGGAAUUGCUUACGGCUAUCAUAAAGGCCAUGGGCAGUCAACUAUUACCACAUGCUGCCUAUAUUGUACGUAUCAUUACAAAGUACUUCAAGACAUGUAAACUGCCAGAAUUAAGGAUUAAGGUCUAUUCAGUCACAAGGAAUUUGCUCAUAACCAUGGGUGUUGGAAUGGCUUUAUACCUUGCACAGGAAGUUAUAAACAAUGCUUUUGCUGAUUUAAGUAUUAUUGAGCAUAAGAAUAGUGGCAUAUUAAAUGGUUCAAAUUCAAAUGCUUCUGCUGGAGCACUGCUACUGCCAAUUCAUAGAAAACGGAAGCACAGCAGUACAACUGGUUCUCUUCAAGAGCAUGGUGAAGGUGGUUUGAGUGUGGAAGUUCCCAAGAAUCGUCCAUUGACUCCAGUUUCUCUGAGGAUUGCUGCACUUGAGACAUUGGAAUCUCUUAUUACUGUGGCUGGUGCUUUAAAAUCUGAACCAUGGAGAUCAAAAGUUGAUAGCCUCUUGUUAGUCACAGCAAUGGACUCUUUUAAGGAAGGAUCAGUUAGUGAAGAAAGAAGUGUGUUUCAACAAAAGGAACCUGCUGCAACUACCACAGAGUUGCAGCUUGCUGCAUUGCGUGCUUUAUUGGUAUCUUUACUUUCAUUUGCUCGGGUACGACCUCCAUAUUUAGCCCAGGGUCUUGAACUUUUCCGUAGAGGGAGGCAACAAACUGGAACAAAACUAGCUGAGUUCUGUGCCCAUGCUCUGUUAACCUUGGAGGUGCUUAUACAUCCUAGGGCACUUCCAAUGGUAGAUUAUGCCUAUGCAAAUAACAGUUCCUUUGGUGAAGCUCAUAGUAAUCUCCAACAUGGAUAUUUUGGUUGGAGCCACAAUACGCCAUAUGGCUUACCGCAAGUUCCUCCUGACUAUGAUGAUGAUCUGUGUGCAAGAUGGCUUGAAAAUGACAAUGAAGUUGGUGAAUCAUUGGAUAAAAAUACAAAAUACACCCAGGAGCCUUCUGAAGCUUGCAGAGCUAGUGAUCCUGAAGUGCUUUUCGUGCAUGUAUCUUCCGACACCAAUAUACAGGAGAGGAUUGAGAUGGUGUCUGAGACUGCCACUUGUGCAGAUGUUGAGAUGAAAACUGUUGAGGAUGAAACCAAUUUCAAGUCAGAUCAACCAGGAGAAUCUGUGGUGCAAUUUCAAGAAACUGUUUCUUGCACCACAAACAUCCCCGUGGUUGAAACUCGCGGUGAUGUAGCUGAUGAUAAAGUGUCUGAGAAGAUUGUUUCAGACAACUCCAUUCCUCAUAAUGAAGCCAGUCAUAUGGAAUCAAGACAUGGAAGCUCGGUUAAUAAAGACUUCAAAUUCUCUUCUCCGAGUAGUAGUUUAUGGCAUAGAACCUCAGGCUCUAAUAUUUUUGAGGAAUUUGCUUUUCAAUUGGAACAUGAUAAGGCACUGGCGGAUGAAGAUGAUUUUCCUGAUAUUGUGGAUGGAGACCCAGAUUCUGAUACUGAAUAAAGGGGAGAUUUUGUAAUUUAUUUUUAUCCAUAGAAGCAUAAGGAACACUUGUAGUUCAAUUUUAUUCUCUUUUUUCUAUCUGUCUUCCCUAAAUUAAACAUUUGAAGCUUUGACUUUGUUUUCAAAAAAAUGAAAAUGAUAGUCAAGUAGUUUUGGAAAUGAUAUUCAAGCUUCAUAUAGUCAUUCUUCGUCUGGCUUUCGCUCAUUGUGGAAAAUUUCCCACCGCUGCCUCCCAUAGGAGUCUGGGCCUUGUCUCAGUCACAAAUCAUCUUUUCGGAUCAGCUACUGAUCAUUGCCUUGGCGCAGGUCUUUGUCAAUGAUGAAAGCCACUGAACUUAAGACUCGAAUCAAAACGAUUUAUCAUCUCCCUGCAAGAGGAGCC